UAUUAAUUGUGUAGUUUUUCUGUCAUAUCUCUAAGGUGGAUAAUAAGAUGAUGACUCGCAGCAUACACACACAGACUACACCGUUGCGCUUUCAUGUAAAAGAGAGACCCCCCCCCCUCCUUUGAACAAGUCUGUCACGCUUUGUUUGCCAUCUAUCCACCGCGCUCUGCUCUCUGUCUGUUCAGAAUUACGCCAAAUGCCAUUAAAUAAACAUUAAUGUGACGUCUGGCAGAUUUUUAUCAGUCAUCAUCACAGAAAAAUCGGUCGUGCAGAAUCUAGGCCAGGAUCACUCUACAUGGAGGAUAACAUUAUUACGACUAUCUAAAACCUACACGCAAUGGGUGGACAUAGUUUGUUUUGCUCAGGACUUCACUAAGUCUCCAUAUACGACCCGUCAAAAACACAAAGUCAACGAGUCAAAGAGUUCACUGGAUCAGGUGAGAGCAUGGCACAGGCGGAGGAGCCUCAAACUGAAGGAGAGGGCAGCCCCCAGAUGAUCUCCUUAAGAUCAGACGUAUCAGGUAAUCACGUGGACGACGGAGAAGUGGGACCCUCCAUAAGGAGGAAGAGGAGGAAGAAGAAAGACCCGCGUCCAGAGUCCAUUAUUGUCUACCGUUCUGAAAUGGAGAGGGCACCCGGAGAGGACCAAGGCGGUGAGGAGGGAGCAGAAAGGAGCACAGAGGAGGGGGCUAAAUUCCUCUGCACCCCUACAGGCGAAGGAGGAGGCUGGAACCUUCCUCCGGACAGCCGCUAUGUGACCCUGACAGGCACCAUCACCCGAGGAAAGAAGAAGGGUCAGGUGGUGGACAUUCAUCUUACGUUGACAGAGAAGGAACUCAGGGACCUGGCUAAGUCGAGGGAACGUCUCGACGCAGAGUGUGAGGCAGGGGAAGGCUCUAAACGCACCUGCAGCUUAGGUAUGUGCCAGGGACCCCAUGUCGUCCUGUGGAGCGUCUCCUGUGCCCCCGUGGUUUUCCUCCUCUCCUUCAUCACCUCCUUCUACUAUGGCACUCUCACCUGGUACAACGUCUUCCUGGUGUACAAUGAGGAGCGGACGUUCUGGCACAAGAUUACGAUAUGCCCCUUCCUCAUCAUCUUCUACCCCAUGCUCAUCAUGCCCAUGGCUCUGUCUCUGGCUCUGUACUCGGCCGUGGUGCAGGUGUCCUGGGCCUUCAGCGAGUGGUGGCAGGCUGUAAGAGACCUGGAGAAAGGCUUCUGCGGCUGGGCUUGUGGGAAGCUGGGGCUGGAGGAUUGUUCUCCCUACAGCAUAGUAGAGCUGCUUGACUCUGAUACCAUUUCAGGCACUCUGCAGAGCAAGGCACCAAGUGAACUUGCCCAGACAUCAUCAGUGUGAAGUCGGGGUGGGGUGGGGGGUUGCUGAGCUCUGACACACAUGUUGAUGUAGAUUUAAGGCAAAGUGAUAUGACAGUGAUAGGGAUAUGAUAAGACAUGUGUCAGAAAGUUCAAGGUGGCCAUAGGAAAGUAUAUGAAAGUUAUUUCACUGUUCCUUCCUGUUAAAGACAACUUAACAAACACUGCCUGAAUAGUGCUGAAAUGCGGAAUUACUACUUCAAAUUUUGUAAAGAAUUAUUAGAUCCAGAUCUCUAUUAAUUACUUCUCUGAGCAUGUUGGGUCUCUUUUUUAAUUUACUUUCAGGUUCUAUGAGUUAUUUGCAAGUCACAGAAUCUUAUUCAAAGACAUUUUGAUAGACAGGUUUUUCCGCUUCCUGCAGUAAAGUAACCUGCGGUAAACUUGCUUGUGGACAUGGAUACACACGUUGUUGGAGGUCUGAAAGUUAAGCCAAGUUUCACUUCAUCUGUAAAUAUGUGUAAUUAAAAUGUAUACCAUCA